UUAAGCUACACCUGAAAGCAACAAAUACUACCAUCUGAGUUUGUUUACAGGAAUUCUAAUUUGUCCAAAAUCUGCAGUAAAAAUAUAAAUAAAUGUAUUAGGAAAAUAUGGUUGCAAAUGUGUCAUAGACCGACCACUUAGUUUUUAAAAAGUUCUAGCGCGAUGGCGUUCUUGGAGGACACAACGAUUGUGUUUGUGUCACAGGUCCUGUUUUUUGCUGGCGGAUGGAUGUUUUUCGUCAAGCAGCUUUUCAAGAAUUAUGAGAUUCGCCAUAUGUCCGUUCAACUUAUAUUUUCGGUGACAUUCGCUUACUCCCUGACAAUGUUUGAAUUGAUCAUUUUUGAAAUCCUGGGUGUAUUGGACGCAAGUUCCCGAUAUUUUCAUUGGCGCCUGGGAUUAACAUCUUUACUGCUUAUGGUUAUAGCAGUCAUUCCACUUUACAUUUUAUAUUCCGUCAUACAUAGCAUAUCGUUCGUUUCCGAGAAAUGGGUUCGUAUUAUGACCGCUAGCUGUUGGUUUGUGUUCCUUUAUGGAUUAUGGCGCAUCGGCGAGCCUUUCCCACUCUUGAGUGUAUCGAAUGGAAUCUUUACAAUAGAGCAAGGAGUUUCUCGCAUUGGAGUUAUCGGGGUCACAGUAAUGGCAAUACUUUCUGGAUUUGGUGCUGUGAAUUGCCCAUAUCAAAGCAUGACCUACUUUAUUAGACCCGUUUCACAGAGCGACAUAAUAAAUUUGGAACGAAGACUACUUCUAACGGUUGAAAUGAUAACGGGGAAAAAGAAACGCAUAGCCUUAGAAAUACAUCGACGAAAUAAAUCAAAUCAGUCACGUCCUCGCCUAUGGAAUAUUUUAAGUUCGGCUGUGAAUAGAGCAGAUGUUGGAGGAGAAAACGUUCAUCAACUCAAGAUGGAAAUUUGCGGUUUGGAAGAGUUGCUAAGACAGCUCUUCUUAGAAAUUAAUUAUCUAAAAAACAUGCAGGAGCGUCAAAAAUGGUCGCAAACGCUGCAAGGGAAGUACUUCAACGUAAUUGGCCAUUUCUUCAGCGUAUACUGUGUGUAUAAAAUUGUGAUGUGCUUUGUGAAUAUCAUAUUUGAUAGAGUUGGACGCAAAGAUCCCGUUACAAGGGGUCUAGAGAUAGCCGUACACUGGUGCGGUUUUGACAUAGACUUGGCAUUUUGGAAUCAACACAUUUCUUUCCUGCUAGUAGGCUGCAUAGUUGUCACCUCCAUAAGAGGAUUAUUGUUAACUCUUACAAAGUUUUUCUAUCGCAUUUCAUCAAGUAAAUCUUCCAAUAUCAUUGUGCUAAUUUUGGCUCAAAUCAUGGGCAUGUAUUUUUGUUCAUCUGUUCUGCUGAUGCGAAUGAACAUGCCAGCAGAAUAUCGUGUCAUUAUUACAGAAGUAUUAGGCAAUUUGCACUUUAAUUUCUACCAUCGUUGGUUUGAUGUCAUCUUUCUGGUAAGCGCCCUUUCAACUAUUGUAGUCUUAUAUAUAUCCCAGAAGCCAUGGAACUCUGGUGACUCAACAUUGGAAUAAUUUUUCAUCACAACAAAAUACCAAAAAAAAAAAAAGCAAACCCAUUUUAUUUGAUUGAACGUUAACAUUAUGCACAAGAUUUUUAAUUAACUGAGUAAUUUGUGUGUUCUUGAUGUGAAUUUAAUUUUAUAAAAUAUAUGUAUUUAUCUAUACAUGUAUGUAUAUCUCUAUAUCGAUA